AUGUCAAAGCUCAACUUCACUUCUCAGUUGAAUAUUUUUAACAAGGACAAUUACAAGUUCACUGAAGAAGACGCGAACUCGAAUAAUGAAGGCGAUGUGGAGGCAGGCGAACAGUUUGUGACCGAGUUAGACCAGGGAUCGAAGCGUUUAGGCCUCGUAUCAUGCAUCGGUUUGAUAUGUAACAGAAUGCUUGGUACCGGUGUGUUUGCGGUCUCUUCUACGGUUUAUACCCUGUGUGGGUCAAUUGGUCUGUCUCUAAUUAUGUGGGCAGCGGGUGCUAUUAUUGCGUUAGCAGGUCUAUACGUCUACAUGGAAUUUGGAACUGCCAUUCCAAGAAAUGGUGGUGAAAAGAACUACCUGGAAUAUAUUUUCAAGAAACCCAAAUUCUUUGUCACCUCCAUGUACGCCGCAUAUGUGUUUUUUCUGGGUUGGGCUGCAGGUAACUCUGUCAACACCGCUGUGAUGUUCUUGACGGCGGCCAAUGCUGAAAUCACCACUUGGAACCAACGUGGUGUGGGUGUGGCCGUGAUUGCUUUCUGCUUUCUUGUGAACUCCAUCAACGUUAAACUUGGGUUGUACAUUCAGAACUUACUCGGUAUUUUCAAGAUCGGCAUUGUCCUUUUCAUUUCUGUGACUGGCUGGGUCGCCCUAGGCGGUGGCCUCAAAGGUGGAUAUAAGACUGAUAACUUUCACGACUCAUUUGCAGGUACCGAAAAUGCCACCGCAUAUGGUGUCGUGAACGCCUUGUAUAAUGUCAUUUGGUCCUUUGUCGGAUAUUCCAAUGUUAACUAUGCCCUUGGAGAAGUUAAAGAUCCAGUGAAGACCUUAAAAGUUGCAGGGCCAACCUCGCUAAUUUUUCUAGCGAUUGUCUACAUCUUUGUGAAUAUUGCAUACUUCGCAGUGGUACCAAAAGAAAAGCUCAUUUCCUCUAAAUUAGUUCUAGCGGCUGACUUUUUUGACAUUGCAUUCGGGGGCAGCGCGAAAACUGCAGCAGCUGUAUUUGUUGGCUUGAGUGCGUUAGGUAACGUUAUGUCAGUUAUCUUUUCUCAAGGGAGAAUCAUUCAACAAUUGGGUCGUGAGGGUGUUCUGCCCUUCAGUAACUUUUUUGCAACUUCGAAGCCCUUAAACUCUCCCAGCGUGGGUCUACUUCAGCACUUCAUCGUUUGUGUCGUUACAAUUCUAGCCCCUCCACCCGGUGAUGCCUAUAAUUUCAUUAUGAACCUGAUUUCCUACCCCAUGAAUAUUAUCAACUUCUUUGUUAGUGGUGGUUUACUGUGGAUUUACUGGCAACGUCGACAGGGUAAGAUUACUUGGAAUCCUCCAAUUAAGGCGGGUGUAAUUGUUACGACGUUUUUCAUGCUCGCAAAUCUCUACUUAGUCAUCGCUCCUUAUGUGCCCCCAACAGAUGGAGAAUCCGUGUACAAUUCUCUACCGUACUGGAUUCAUUGUGUGGUUGCUUGGGGUAUCUUUGCAUUUGGUGGCUUCUACUGGCUAGUAUGGGCACACAUUUUACCAAGAAUCGGUAAGUAUGAGUUGACCGACAUAGACGUCCUUGGCGAAGAUGGCUUUUGGAGAAAGAAAAUCACUAAACGGUAUUUAAAUGAUGACAGCGAAGAAAAAGGUAUUCAGACGGAUGGCUUCACGACAGAAUCGAGCAAAGCCGAAGUGGUGAGAUCCACAACUAUUUCUAUGUAA